AUGUCGCCCUCCGUAGCAGAGCUAUCCAAGGCUGAAGAAAUCCCCACCCCCAAGAAAUCUACCAUCAAACAGACAAUUGCACCAGGAGCCAGUUAUCCCUUCUAUCUACCAUACUGGGACAGCGAUGAGAAGUUUCCUCCAACCCAAGUCUUUGAGCACAUCGACCCCGGAUCCCGUGCUGACCGUGCCAAACGUCAUCUUCUUGGGCCCAACACGAGUACCAAGACUCUCAGCCCAUAUAUCGGAACGGAGGUCACGGGCAUUCAGAUCUCUGAGCUGACGAAGGAGGGUCUGGACGAGCUUGCUUUAUUCACGGCUGAGCGAAAGCUCCUUCUCUUCCGCGACCAGGACUUCAAAGAUCUCACUCCAGAACGGCAGAUUGAGAUUGCCAAGCAUUUUGGUCCGAUUCAGAGACAUCCUACGUCGGGAAAUGUAAAGGGUUAUCCAGAGUUCCAUGUCGUCUACAGGGACAUUGAUCACGCUGGAUUCCGUGAAUACCUUGGAGAAGACCGCAUCAACAAAACGAGUUGGCACUCUGACAUUUCGUACGAGCGCCAACCUCCAGGUACCACGAUCUUCUUCAUUCUGGACCAGCCCGAAAGUGGUGGAGACACACUCUUCACGUCCCAGGUCGAGGCGUACAAUCGUCUGUCUCCCGAAUUUAAGAAACGACUUGAAGGUCUACGGGCUGUGCAUACAGCUGUUCCUCAAGCCGAACAUUCUCGACAGCGAGGAGGACCUGUUCGCCGGGAGCCUGUAGAGAACGAGCAUCCCCUCGUCCGGGAACACCCAGUAACAGGAGAGAAAGCUCUGUAUGUAAACCAGGGUUUCACCAAGCGCAUUGUGGGAUACAAAGCAGAAGAAUCUGAGUAUCUGCUCAAGUUCCUCUUUGAUCAUAUUGCGAAGGGCUCCGAUUUCCAAGUGAGAGCGACGUAUAAACCUGGAACGGUCGUCGUUUGGGAUAACCGGCUCACCGUCCACUCGGCGACAGAUGACUUCGACACAGCCCUCAGGAGGCACGCGGUCAGGCUUACUCCCCAAGCUGAGGUGCCUAUUCCUGCCUGA